AUGCAGGACAAGCCCGAACUCCUCAAAGCAUCGCUCGAACAGCUAGCGAGCUCCUUCGAUCGUGCAGACUGGGUUGCUGAGGGUAAUGAAACAACUGUGAACCCAUCCGAGAUGUCCGAGAAGGAAUGGAACGCUGUCAUCCGCAACAACAACCUUUUGAGUGCCCAUCGGCUCGUCUUUUCAAACUUGGGGCAAAUGACCGAUGGAACGAAGAAGGUGAAGUUUCGCAGAAUUGAGCGUGCUCCCUAUUGUGCCUUUGUUUUGAGACCCAGAAAGUUUGCUUUGCACGAAAUCCCCAACGCAGAUGUCAAGGUGGAGCAAUCGUUCCAUAUCCCCCGGUUCACUGUCGGAGACAAUUCCUAUGUGGAUGCCUUCGAAACCAAAUCUUCUGUAUCAUCCGCCAUGGCUCGCAGCUCAUUUUCUUCAAUUGAGGCUGAAGCCUCCUUGGAAGGCGGAGCAUUCGGCUUCAGUGCUGCUGUCAGUGCUGGCUUCUCUCAGAGCGAGAGCAAUGCUCUGAGUACUCAAAGCACUUCUGACACCAGCACCAUGAACAUCACUUACAACUUCCCUCGUGUUGUUCUGUACUUGGAUCAGUUUGGCGUUGACCUGUCGAAAGAAUGCGCGGAUGACCUGACGGGGCCAGGCCACUUUUUUGCCACUCGGAUUGAGCUAGGAGGCAGACUCUUCUCAUCUGAGAAGUUCUCCGCCCUUGGUUCAAGUACCGAAGAGGAGGCUGCUACAGCCAUGAAGAUUGCCGCUGCCGCAUCCUUUUCUUCUAAAUACGUUUCUGGAAGCGCCAGUUACAGUCAAGAAGACCAAACCAAAACUCAGAGCUCCAAUUCCAACCGAAGCAUGCAAAACUCUAUUUCAUGGCAGGCUCAAGGUGGAGACACGCUACUUUGUAACAACCCUCCUGCCUGGUGCCCAACCGUUGCUCCGCCUCAGAACUGGAGAGUUAUCAAGCAAGAGGAUGUUACCCCGCUUGGUGAAUUCAUUGGCCAGAUUCCCGGCUAUGAGGAUAUACCAGAUAGAUUCGCGCGCAUAGCGGAGGUCACAAGGAAGAAGGAGGUUAUUAGCUUCCGUAUCAGCCUUCAAGACUACCAGAGACAGGACCGCGAGAAGCCUGAAGAGGUGGAAGAUGCAUUGGAAGAGCCGGAGGAAACUCCAACUGGUACUACCAAUGUUCUGAGCAAAGUCAGUCAAAUUAUACGAGGCGAAUUUAAAACUCCAGUACUGCCGGACGAUAUCCUGAAUAUCCUCAACAACGGAUACCCUGGAGUUGCCUUGGAAGAAAGCAGCUUGUUCAAUGUCUUUGAUGUUGAAGUUGAGACGCUGCUUAACCAAGCCCCCGCAAUCGAAUUCAGAAAACGAUACCACCUCUACAACCGUAAGAGGGACCUUUGGCUUCGGGCUUUCACUAUCAAUGUCAAGGGCGAAGAGGUUACUCUGCUCGCUGCUGGCCCCAAGAGUCGGGCGACUCUGUUCGAGUUCCGAGAUAAACAACGAGAGGGCCCGAUGCGAAAUGGUGACAGCUGUAGCUUGAUGGUCUACGGGCCCGAUGGAAAGCAGAAGGGUUUAAUGGCUCUUUCAUUGAAGACAUAUGGCACUUCCAUUGGCGCGAUGCCUUACAGUGUCAGUAACGAGAAAUGGUUGCGUUUCUCGAGCUUGUCGAUUGUGGACCAGGAAGAUGUGCCCACCUAG